CUCGUGAUUGGCUGCCAGCUUUGUCCGUCAACUGCAGGUGACCUGUUCGGUGUUUAAGGUAGUGAGGAAGGGAAAAGGGGGCUGAAAGCCGAGGAGACGUCACGCUGCUCGUGUCCGCCGGCUGCGCUCCGUGUUGUCGCUGGGGGGGUCAUUGCGGUGCAGGUGGUCUGAUAGCUCCGCAUUGCCAGUCUGAGGGGAGCCCUGCCGGUGUGGAGGAAAUGCGGUCCGGCAGUCUGGAUGCGGUUGCUGGAGGUUUGGGGCCGUGAGGUAGAGGAUGAUAUUCAGAGCGAGGCUCACGUUAUUUUUAGCAGUUUCCUCUUUGUUGGCCCAUGAGUGCAGGGGCUCCAAUGACACAGAAUUGCCAUCGACGACGACAGCACCGAGCACGGAUUGGUUGUCAGCCUCUGGUACCCCGACACCCGAACCGGUACCGGCUUCUAAUGGAAGCGGACCAAGUGCCUUGAAUAGUACAUCCAGCGAGGACCUACGGACAUCCGAGUCUUUAUUAAGCACAUCUGCGAUCACCCCCAGGGACCAGCCUUCUGAGGCCAGCAGCUGGAGCCCAGGAUUAAUUCCCAAUUACACAAAGGCACCUGUCAAUCCCACACCGGAGGCACUGACCAGAGCAGGGGGCAAAUCAAUUUCUGUAACCCAGUUAUUAAAUUUCACUCAGAACACAGGCCUUGCAGAAGAACCAACAUCGAGCAGUACUGGUGAAAUUGUAACAACUACUGACUUUGGACAUGCAUUCAUAAAUGCAUCGGCUGCAGUUACAAAAGUGGAACCCCUUACAUCGAGCAAAGAUUUAAUUUCAACAACUGUACAAACAUUUUCUAGAUCUAGCUCUCCUGAUAACAGCACUACUUUUCUGGCAGAUGUAUCAUGGACUCAGUUCAAUGUUAUCAUUUUGACUGUUAUUAUCAUUGUAUUGGUUAUUUUAAUGGGAUUUGUGGGAGUUGUUUAUUUGUAUAGAGAAUAUCAGACACAAAAACUCAACGCUCCAUUUUGGACCAUUGAACUGAAAGAAGACAAUAUAAGCUUCAGCAGUUACCAUGACAGCAUCCCAAAUGCAGAUGUUUCAGGCCUACUGGAAGAUGAUGCAAGUGAAGUAGCACAAAAUGGCCAGCUCUCCCUUACAACGCCAAUGCACAGCUAUAAACCAUAACAAAUGUUUUCAGUUUAGGAUCGAAAGAUAGUUGGCAUUAGAAGCAGUCAGGAUGUAAAUUUCUGCAUUGAUGUGGUGCUCAAUAUUGUUAAGCAAAGUUAAAAAGAAAUCUAUGUAAUAUUCUUUAAUUUAUAGUUCUUUUGAAUUUGUCUAAACAUUAUGAGAUUGUAUAUACACACAUUCCCCUUAUUAAAUUGUACUUUACAGGUCCUAUGCACUACUAAUGGGCUAAUCAAAGCAAUGAGUGACAGGAGCUUGUCAUGUAUACUUGGCUUGUGAAAGCAAUCUGCACUGCUUGAAGCUAUGAAUCAGUGUUUCUCGUACAGAUGCAUGUUUGAUCCAUAAUAUGAAAACUUAACUCAAUGCACUGGGAAAAACAAUGGCAGAUCAUCUCCUGGAUGCUCAGACUCAGGAAGCACUGGUACAAGCAAGGUAGAAGAGAUUAUGUCUGCUCCCUGCUCAGUGGACCCACCAGUGUUGACCUUCCUACCAUAGUGUAUAAUAGGAUGGCUUCAUAGAUCACAGGGACGUUUGAGUAUGGAUGGUAGAGAGAUUGAAUAGUGGACUAUUGUGAAAUGGUAUGAAAAUAUAUAGGAAGAGGUGGUAUAUUCUUAAAAAUGUUUUGUGAGGGGUUGGAAAGAGAGUCUGGUGGAAUGUAAGUGGUAAUACAUAUGAGUGGCCAGUGGAAAAUUUAGUGUGGUUUGGGAUAGAAUAAAUUGUGAAUAAUAGGUGUAGGAGAGAGUGUUAGGGUGGUAGGGUGUAGAUUUGCUACUUUUAUGUUGGGGGUGGGAGAGAGUGAGUAGAUAUGGAAGUGGUGUAUAGUGAAAUGCUCGUAAAAUAACACAGAGUGUGUUGGAUAAACAGAAAAGAAAACCUCGUAAAAUAAAGGGGAUUUGUGUUGGCAGGUAGGGAGAAAGAGGGUGUUCUUAUUGGGUGGUAGUAUGAUCGGAAAAAGAGACGUGAAAUGUCUGAGAGCGGUGUAUAGGGUAGAGAGAGAAUGGUGGAAUAAUAACGGAUGGUUACAGUGUUUAGGAAGAGAAGCUGAUACACUAAUAGAGAAAUAUUUGGUAUGGACAAAAUAAGCUGAUGGUAUAUAGUGAGUAUUGGGAUAAGAAUUUCUGUGCAGUAUACAUUGGGAACAAGAGGAUUGUAGGAUGUUUCAGGAAAACCCCUGGGGUAAUACUGGGAGUGGAUAUCAAGGGUUAGAAAGAGGUGGAAUUUAUAUGGUGAAAUACUGGCGUAACAUAGGAGUUGAGCAUGAGGCUGAAGCAUUGGGUAGCAUGGUGAAGAGAUGGUGAAUAUUUGGGGAUGAAAGUAUAGAGGCUGGUGGAAAAUUAUGGAGUGAUGGGUUGUAAAGAGGAUACUAGAAUAUAGAUUUUGUUGGAAUGAUGAGCAAUAAGGAGGGACACGUGGAAUACUGGGUUGAUAUGUGGAGAAAAAGAGGCUAAUGAAUGGUGAAUAGUAGGAGAAGCUGGUUGAAUAUUGUGAGACAAUAGAUUAAUUUGAGUCGUACAUUGGUAAAUGUGGAGAUUGAAUGAAUCUUGAGAAAAUUGUAAGUAAGAAUGGUGUCUAUGGAAUGUUGGUUGUAUGGUUCUUGCAAAGCUUGGGUGUAGUAAGGCGGUGGGAGAUGGAUUGUAUUAAUCUAUACUGACCAAUAAAGUACUAGAGCACAGAUGCUGUGUUUGAGUAAUGCUAAUUUAAAGUAUAUUUUUCUAUGAACAGCUUUAUGGGCUGUUAAAUGCAUAAUGUUUUCAGCUGUCUUAUUUAUUUUGCCAGUUUUAUUUUCCAAAUUUGAAUACUUAAGUAUAGUUUAGACACUGAUCUCUGGUACAAAAUAGAGACUGAUAAUGUUGUGUUACAGAAUUUAAUUUAGAUUUUUAAUUUGGUAAUUUAUUUAAAGUUUAGUAUUUCAAUUUGCAAAGGAUAAUGCUUAUUUGGCUUAUUCAUCAACUAUAGUACAUGUUUAAUGCUCUAGCUUGCAGGUGAGAUUCAAUCACAUUUUAAUGCAUCUUUCGUCAAUCAAACAUUCUGUGGAUCAUUAAAAUAUGUAAAAGUUGGUCAAGUCACAAAUCCCAGGACUUACAGGUCAAUUUUUUUUGUUGUGUAAAAAAAAAACUUGACAUAAGUAUGCUGGACUGGCAUGGCAAGUUUGGCAGUUUUGGAAAAAGCCUAUCUGGGUGUUUUAAUUGUAGAUUAUUAGGGAUUUAUUGACUCCUUAAACAUGUUAAAAAGUCUGUUGCUGGAGCUGGAACUUCAGCUCAAGUGUUUUGUUUAGUGAAAUGUGUUUUUAUGUACACACAUGAGCAAUUUUCUUAAUACAUUAAUUUGUCAGUACAUCGAUAUGUAUGGCAUUACUACAACCAUCAGCCUGUCAACAAGCUUCUGAAAUAAAAUCCCCAUUUUGUUUA